GCACGCGCUCACAACAGAAGGAUGUCAAUGGUGUGGAGAGGGUUCUGUGCUAGGAGUGAUUAAGGAGUGUAUUAGUAACGGGGUUUUGUAGUUAACAAUGAUUUAUUAUCUUUAUCGUGAUAGUGAAUUAAAACUAAAUAUAUAGUUAGGGCUUCAUAUGACAUCAGUGGUAAGACGGCGUUGCUCAAGUUUGACGUCAAGUUCAAAAUACCUGAGUUGACACAUGGCGUCUUUUGUCGAGUAGGACACAUGAAGCUAUGAAGAAAGACAUACACAGUUUUACUAUGGAAGUCAGUUUUCUAACCUGUGCAACGGCUAUCAAUAAUAUUGGACAAAUCUAAAGAAUACGAGCGUGCCUUCAUCUAUGUUGACAAAGAUAAAUUAUAUAAAAUAAGAGACGACGCUGCAAAUCCUCCAACAACAAGUGAUUGAAACGCCUUAUAAUGAUGUAUCGUGCUUUUUGGGAUACAAUAUUCCUUCUCACCGUGUGUGAUGCUGUUGUUCCGCUGUUUUCUCAUUGCUGUAACGGUCAUGAGUCUGGCAAUUUUUGACUUUGUUGGAUCCUCAUUUUCACAUUUGGGCUCCCUUUUUACAUAUGGGCAGGUGCAAGAGGAUUCUACCUCAACAAUGACCAUUGCAACCACCACCACAACAACUUCUACCACUACCACAACCACCACCACCAGCACGACGACAACCACUACUACUACACGUGUCAAAAAAUUUAUAGCAGCCGCUGUCCACUCUCACUUCGAUGACUGCCCGGACUCCCACAGCCACUUCUGUUUUCAUGGCACAUGCCGCUUUCUCGUACUGGAGGAAACACCUGCAUGUGUAUGUAAUCCUGGCUUUGUGGGUAUGCGAUGCGAACAUGCAGAUCUCUUGGCUGUGGUGGCGUCUAACCACAGGCAGCAGACUGUGGCCACCAUGCUGGUGUUCUGUGUGGUGGGCAGUGUUCUACUCAUGCUGCUCUGCACUUUACUAAAUUGUUGGUGGAGACGGGGUGGUUGUGGGCGAGGUAACACCAUUUCAUGUUGGUCGGAGAAGCCUAGGAGUAUUUUGACGGGUGGGACGUCCUGCUGUCACUCAGAAACAGAAAAUGUUCCUUAUGCACAAGUGGUUUGACCUGCGUUUUCUGGAGCUCACGCAGGUGCUCUCUUAAAAAUGAGACCACAAAAUCUUCCAUCUUACUCCUGGACUUCACUAUGACUACGUUUCUCAGACUGGCACAGCUAGUAAGCGCAGCACGUAUUGAGAGCAUUUCGAUGUGGGCAGUGGGUGAACUCAUUCAAACAUGGAACUUUACAUUCAGACAGACUGUGUCAUUCCAAAAAGGAUAUUUUUGCAACAACAACAGCAAUGACAAGAGUUAAAGAUAGAGCUCAAAAAUGGAGAAACUCUGAAAGAAGCACUCAGAACAAGCUAGAUGGAGCUCAACUACAGGAUCCAGUGAUGUAAAGACAGGGCCAUUUCGAAUAAGAUACAGAUUGAUGGCCACAAAAACUGAUCUGAAACUGAAAACUAUGGUUUUAAAGAAAUCAUUCUUACUAACAGAGCUUAUCUUAAAGCUAUAAAUAUCGUGACUGAUGUAUAAGACAACAUUUUCCCAGUUUUUGUCUUUUUAAAAUACGUUUAUUAUAAGCAAAACACUUUGGUAUUGCAUUAAUGGGAUGUGAGAUUCACUAAAACGUAGUUUAAUAUAUACUUUUUAACAGGGAUAUAAUAUUUUCUGUAUCACGUUAAUGGAUAAAGAAUGGGAGAUAACAUUUAAGUCAGUCAGGUAGCAUAGUAAUAUUAAAACUACUACGGACUCUUUUGCCAAUUUAUUUUUAGCUUGAUCUCCUUAUAAUGUUGAUUAAAAACAUCGUAAUCUUUCAUAUAUUAACAGCAAACAUGAGGCACUUUAGCUGGCUCUGAGGGACAAAUAAUAUAUUUUACAAAUUAUAACACUUUUAAUUAUUUUUGUUUUUUAAUAAGAAAUAUUGGAAAUGUAUGGGUGGGGGGGGGCAAUCACAAUUUUGACAUGUAACUUAGUUAUGCAUAGAUUCUCAAAUCCAACACUAUUUUCUUCAUGCACAAAAAGUGCUUGUUCAUAUAAUGUGCUAUCAAAGUUAUGUCAACAUCAGUUGGAUAAAUGGUUUGUAAACGGAGCCUCAGUAUGUUCACUAUUUUUAGUCACGGUAUGACGUCACAUAACAUCUGCAUGUUCACAUAUGGUAUGAUUGGAUGCAUGUUUGUCUGAUCACAUAAUUACUUAUUUCACUGUGCACUUGUGUGAUGUACAUUUCAAACACAUUGUGAAUACAGUCAACUUUAGGUCUACACUUGGGUUUUCCAUGAUUGAUGUUUGUGGAAUAACUCACUUGAGGAAUAAAACACUUCACUGUAUCCUAAA